UAGCUUAAAAUUUAUUGACUUUACACUGUACAAUAUUUAUAAAUAAGUUUAUCUAAAUAAUAUAUUAAACGUCAGAGAAUAAAAUAUAACCUCCACGAUGGUAAAGGAACAAUUCAGAGAAACCGACGUAGCUCGCAAAAUCUCUCAUGUAUCAUUUGGAGUGGAUAGUCGCCACAACAUGGAAAGGCAGGCGCAUAUGCAUGUUGUGGCUAAAAAUCUAUAUAAUCAAGAUGUUGAACAUACUCCAGUUCCAUAUGGAGUUCUUGAUAGGAGAAUGGGAACUUGUAAUAAUACUACUAAUUGCGCAUCAUGUGGUAAAACAUUAAAUGAAUGUAUUGGACACUUUGGCUAUAUUGAUUUAGAAUUACCAGUUUUUCAUGUUGGUUAUUUUAGAUCUAUUAUUGGUAUUCUCCAAACUAUUUGCAAAAAUUGUUCUCAUGUUAUGUUGUCUGAAAUGGAUAAAAAACGUUAUUUAACCAGGGUAUUAAAUCCUAAUAUGGGAUACUUAACACGUAAAGCACUACGUAAACAAAUUUUGGAUAAAGCUAAGAAAACUACAAUUUGUCAAAAUUGUGGAGAUCUUAAUGGAACUGUUAAAAAAGCUGGUUUACUUAAAAUAGUUCAUGAAAAAUAUAAGGCAAAAAAGAAAAUAGAUGCCAUUGUUCAACAGAAAUUGGCUGAAUAUAACAGUGUGCUGGAAGAUAAUAAAGCAUUAGAAGGAAUGCUUCAAAGUGGAUUAGUAAAUGUAUUAAAUCCCCUAGAGGUACAAAGCAUUUUGGAAAAAAUACCAGAAAAUGACAUUCCUCUCUUAAUGAUGAAUUCAGAGUGUGCAUUACCAAAAGAUCUAAUAUUAACAAGAAUUCCUGUACCACCAAUCUGUAUUAGACCUAGUGUAGUUUCUGAUAUAAAAGCUGGUACAACAGAAGAUCAUUUAACAAUGAAAUUAUCUGAAAUAGUAUUUAUCAAUGAUGUUAUUCAGAAACACAGACAAAGUGGAGCAAAAGUACAAAUGUACAAUGAGGAUUGGGAAUUUCUACAAUUGCAUUGUGCCCUUUAUAUAAAUAGUGAAAUGUCUGGCAUACCUCUAAAUAUGCAACCAAAAAAAGCUGGGAGAGGAUUAGUUCAAAGAUUAAAAGGAAAACAAGGUCGUUUUCGUGGUAACUUAUCCGGUAAACGUGUAGAUUUCUCUAGUCGUACAGUUAUUUCACCAGAUCCUAAUCUUAGAAUUGAGCAAUAUGGUGAUAUUGUUGAAAGGCAUUUGAGAGAUGAUGAUGUAGUAUUAUUCAAUAGGCAACCAUCUUUACAUAAAUUAAGUAUCAUGGCACAUAAAGCAAAAGUAUUAGAUCAUAGAACAUUUAGAUUUAAUGAAUGUGUUUGUACUCCUUAUAAUGCUGAUUUUGAUGGUGAUGAAAUGAAUUUACAUUUACCUCAAACUGAAGAAGCAAGAGCAGAAGCUUUAGUCUUAAUGGGGAAUAAAUCAAAUUUAGUUACACCUCGCAAUGGAGAAUUAUUAAUAGCUGCAACACAGGAUUUUAUUACUGGUGGAUAUCUUCUGACUCAGAAGGAUAUGUUCUUAAAUAGAUCUCAAGCAAGUCAAUUAGCCGGUUGUCUCCUAGCAGGACCUGAUAUAGCUAUGUCUAUAAAUCUUCCUCAACCAGCUAUCUUAAAACCAUCUGUAUUAUGGACAGGAAAACAAAUUUUCAGUUUAAUUUUAAAACCUAAUAAUACUUGUAAUAUUAAAGCCAAUUUGAAAACCAAAGGAAGAGCUUAUACAACUAAUGAAGAAUUAUGCAUUAAUGAUUCCUAUGUAAUUAUACGGAACUCAGAAUUAUUAGCAGGAUCUAUGGACAAAUCGACUUUAGGUUCAGGUGCAAAACAAAAUAUAUUUUAUAUUUUAUUACGCGAUUGGGGUGAAGAUAUUGCAACGAUAGCUAUGUGGCGGCUAGCAAGAAUGGCAAGUUUCUUUCUUAUGAAUAGGGGUUUUUCUAUUGGUAUUGGCGACGUCACACCUGGUCAAGGACUUCUUAAAGCAAAAGACGAACUUUUAAAUGCAGGGUAUUGUAAGUGUACAGAAUACAUUCAGCAAAUGGAAGAAGGACGUCUUGUGUGUCAACCUGGUUGCACAGAAGAAGAAACAUUAGAAGCAAUGAUAUUAAAAGAACUUUCAGUAAUUCGUGACCAUGCUGGUAAAGCGUGUUUGAAAGAAUUACAUCCAAGUAACAGUCCAUUAAUUAUGGCAUUAUCUGGCAGUAAAGGAAGUUUUAUUAAUAUUUCUCAAAUGAUUGCAUGUGUGGGGCAACAAGCUAUCAACGGUCAUAGAGUUCCAAAUGGAUUUGAAGACAGAACUUUGCCGCAUUUUGAACGACAUUCAAAGCUCCCUGCAGCAAAGGGUUUUGUGGAAAACUCAUUUUAUUCUGGUUUAACACCAACAGAAUUCUUUUUUCAUACUAUGGGUGGAAGAGAAGGUCUUGUAGAUACAGCAGUUAAAACUGCAGAAACUGGUUAUAUGCAGCGACGAUUAGUUAAGAGUUUAGAAGAUCUGUGCCUUCAUUACGAUAUGACGGUUCGUAAUUCAGUAGGAGAUAUUGUACAAAUAUUGUAUGGUGGUGAUGCUCUAGAUCCUACAUAUAUGGAAGGAAAAGACUGCCCAGUGGAUUACAAGAGAGUGUUAGAUCAUGUAAGAGCUAAAUCGCCAUGUAAAAAUGAAGAACCACUAGAUGGUCCUAGUGUAAUUAAAGCUACAAAUGAAUUACUAAAUUCUGAAGAAUAUGAAUGUCUCAGUGAAGAAUUUAAACAAGAAUUAUGCACAUUCCUUAAAACCGUAGCACGUAAAAUAGCGCGCCUUCGACAUAAUGCUCCAUUAAAUGUAUCUGUAAUUUUACAACUGGAACGACUCACAGUUUCUCAAUUAGUUGAAUUUAUUCAUACCUGUAAAGAAAAAUAUAUGAGAGCAAAGAUAGAACCAGGUACUGCUGUAGGUGCACUUGCUGCUCAGAGUAUUGGAGAACCAGGUACACAAAUGACAUUGAAAACAUUUCAUUUUGCCGGUGUAGCGUCUAUGAAUAUCACUCAAGGUGUACCGCGUAUCAAAGAAAUUAUUAAUGCAAAUCCUAAAAUUAGCACUCCAAUCAUCACAGCAGCUUUAGAAAAUGACAUGGAUCCGGAAUAUGCUAGAAGAGUAAAAGGCAGAAUUGAGAAAACUACCUUAGGACAAGUGACAGAAUAUAUUGAAGAAGUUUAUCUACCAGAUGAUUGUUUCUUAUUGAUCAAGUUAAAUAUUGAUAGAAUAAAGUUAUUAAAAUUAGAAGUAGACGUGAACUCUAUACAUUAUUCAAUUUGUACAUCAAAAUUAAGACUAAAUCCAAAAUUAGUAAAUGUUAGAGGACAUUCUAUUAUCACUGUGAAUCCCAGCAAAAAUAAAUAUAGUAUAAAUUAUGCUCUCACACAACUUAAAGAAACAAUUCCAAAUAUUGUUGUAAAGGGGUUACCAUCAAUUUCUAGAGCUGUAAUUCAUAAUGAUGAUUCAAGUGGCAAAACUAAAUAUAAAUUAUUUGUAGAAGGAGACAAUAUGAGAGAUGUAAUGGCAACUCUUGGCGUUUUAGGCAAAAAAACAACUUCAAACAAUACUAUUGAGGUUUUUAAAACUUUAGGAAUUGAAGCUGCAAGAGCAACUAUAAUGACAGAAAUAAAAUUAGUGAUGGAAAAUCAUGGAAUGAGUAUUGAUCGAAGACAUCCAAUGCUUGUAGCAGAUUUAAUGACUAGUAGGGGAGAAGUACUGGGUAUUACAAGACAAGGGUUAGCUAAGAUGAAAGAAUCUGUUUUAAAUUUGGCUUCGUUUGAGAAAACAGCUGAUCAUUUAUUUGAUGCAGCUUAUUAUGGACAAAAAGAUGUUAUUUGUGGUGUAUCUGAAUCAAUUAUAAUGGGUAUUCCAGUUCCUGUAGGCACAGGAAUUUUCAAAUUACUUCACAAAGCUGAUAAAGAUGAGCCCAAAAAGAGAGAUUUGAUAUUUGAUGAUCCACGAUUUAAUAAAGUUACAAAAACUAUGACAAAGUUGUAA